AUGGGACAUUUGCGAAACAAGCAACGCCGGAAUCAGGCAAAGGAGGCAGCAUUGCAGCGAGAGGAACGGUUGCGACGGUUGGAAGAAAUGGAUCUGGAAAAUAUGCCACUAAGGUUGGACAUCAAAAGAAGGCUAACGUCGCGGUCGGACCGAGUAAAAUCGGUUGAUCUGCACCCGACGGAACCAUGGAUGCUAUGCGCCUUGUACAAUGGCCACGUGCACGUGAUGAACUACGAAAACCAACAGCUGGUAAAAGAUUUCGAAGUCUGUGAUCUGCCGGUACGGUGCGCCCGUUUUGUAGCCCGCAAGAACUGGAUCCUUACCGGUUCCGACGACAUGCAGGUGCGCGUGUUCAAUUACAACACCCUCGAGAAGGUGCACUCGUUCGAGGCGCACACUGAUUACGUCCGAUGCAUUGCGGUCCACCCAACGCAGCCGCUUAUUCUUACGUGCAGUGAUGACAUGUUGGUGAAGCUGUGGAACUGGGAAAAGAUGUGGGCGGUACAGCGCGUCUUCGAGGGCCACACGCACUACGUCAUGCAGGUCGUGUUUAAUCCGAAAGAUAACAACACAUUCGCCAGUGCAUCGCUUGACCGUACGGUGAAAGUGUGGCAGCUGGGAUCGAACGUUCCCAACUUCACGCUCGAAGGCCACGAGAAGGGUGUAAACUGUGUGGAUUAUUAUCAUGGCGGUGACAAACCGUACCUCAUUUCGGGGGCUGACGAUCGGCUGGUGAAAAUCUGGGACUACCAGAACAAAACCUGUGUCCAAACGCUCGAAGGGCACGCACAGAACGUUUCAGCCGUUUACUUCCAUCCGGAGCUUCCGAUUCUGCUCACGGGUUCGGAGGAUGGUACAAUCCGGAUUUGGCAUUCGGGCACUUACCGACUGGAAACGUCGCUAAAUUAUGGUUUUGAACGGGUGUGGACGAUUGCUUGCAUGCGUGGCACAAACAACGUGGCGUUAGGCUACGACGAAGGUUCCAUCAUUAUAAAGGUUGGCCGCGAGGAACCCGCCAUGUCGAUGGAUGUGAACGGAGGCAAAAUCGUAUGGGCUAGACACUCCGAAAUGCAGCAAGUUAAUCUGAAAGCACUCCCAGAAGGAACAGAAAUCAAGGACGGUGAACGGCUGCCGGUAGCGGUUAAGGACAUGGGUGCAUGCGAAAUUUAUCCACAAACAAUUGCCCACAACCCUAACGGAAGGUUUGUGGUGGUGUGCGGUGACGGUGAAUACAUCAUCUACACGUCGAUGGCCCUACGCAAUAAAGCAUUCGGUUCCGCGCAGGAGUUUGUGUGGGCAUCGGAAAACAGCGAGUAUGCAGUGCGUGAAUCGAGCGGCACGGUGAAGCUGUUCCGUAACUUUAAGGAACGCAAAAGCUUCACCCCGGACUACGGUGCAGAAGGUAUCUUUGGUGGGCAGUUGCUUGGUGUGAAAACUUCGUCCGGAUUAACGUUUUACGAUUGGGAAAAUUUGGAGCUAAUCAGACGAAUCGAAGUGCAGCCAAGGCACGUAUUUUGGAAUGAAGCCGGCACGCUGGUGUGCUUGGCCACCGAGGAUUCAUAUUUCAUACUGAAGGUUGACAUCGGCAUGAUUCAAAAUGCUCUUGCUACGAAGCAACAGUUAAAUGAAGAUGGUAUCGAAGAAGCUUUCGAUGUUCUGGGCGAAGUGAACGAACUGGUGCGUACCGGUCUCUGGGUGGGCGAUUGUUUCAUCUACACCAACUCUGUAAACCGAAUCAACUACUACGUUGGCGGUGAAAUCGUCACUGUUUCGCAUCUCGAUCGGACCAUGUAUCUGCUUGGUUACGUGCCGAAAGAUAACAGGCUAUAUUUGGGCGACAAAGAAUUGAACGUGACCAGCUUUGCCCUGCUGCUGUCCGUGCUCGAAUACCAGACAGCUGUUAUGCGACGCGACUUUGAUACGGCGGACCGUGUAUUGCCGACCAUCCCGAAGGAGCAUCGUACCCGGGUGGCCCACUUCCUGGAGAUGCAAGGAUUCCGCCAGCAGGCGCUACAAGUCUCGAUCGAUCCGGAGCAUCGGUUCGAGCUGGCACUGAAGAUAGGCGAUCUGGAUACGGCCCUAGUGCUGGCCCGUGAAUCCGACAGCCCACAGAAAUGGAGUCAGCUUGCCGGUAUUGCCACCAGCAAGAACAAGUUCGAUCUCGUAAAGGAAUGCCUGACGAAUGCAAACGAUUACGGUGGUCUCCUGCUGCUGGCAACCAGCACGGGCGAUUCGGACAUGUUGCGGAAUCUGGGCGAAAAUGGUGUCACACAGGGCAAGUUUAACAUUUCCUUCCUGUCCAUGUUUUUGCUGGGUGAUUUAGAGAAAUGUCUAGAAAUUCUGAUUCAAACCAAUCGGAUACCGGAAGCUGCAUUCUUUGCUCGGACGUACUUACCAAGCAAAAUUUCACACGUGCUCGACAUUUGGCGUACCGAGUUGGCCAAAAUCAAUGAAAAGGCCGGCCAAAGCUUAGCUGAUCCGCAGCAGUAUGAGAAUCUGUUUCCCGGAUUUUACGAUUCGGUUAAAACACAGCAAUUUCUGCUACCGGAACGAAGCACCCUGCUACCCGCCAAUGUCGCUACCAAAGUACCACUUAACAUUGACCGCACGCCUAUCGAUGAGAUGAAAAUGGCGGAAAAUGAGGGAAAGUUUGAUUACAAUCCAAGUGCAAGCAGCGAAGCAAUCGUAACGUUAACGAAUGGAAACGUUAGCGAUAGUGCCCCAUCGGUUUCAAAACAUCCCGAACCAACCAUCGCGAACAGCGUCAACUCCUCGGACAGCAGUACCACGCAGCUACCACCUGUAAGUGUACCGCCGACGAUAAAUACCGGUGCGACGGUUGGCAAUGUAUCGGCAGCGCAAGUCAAACGGAAAAGUUCGCUCGAUGAUUUCGAGUCGGAAAUAGAAGCGUUGAUGGAUGAUAAUAUUGACACUUCGGAUGUAAAUAUAGACGACGUGGAGUUGAGCGAUGAUUGA